AUGGCCGAUUACGGGCGGCUCAAGUGGGCCGACGACAAGCGGUGGACGAACGUCCGUAAGCGUGGCACAUACAAAGCGUUGGCGGAAGCCAGCAACCGAACCAACGAUGCUCAGUGGCUGGCGGACGAUGAGGCGACGGCCGAGCGGCUGGCCGACGCAAAGCUGUCCACGGCCGCGCUGUACCAAGCGCUCGGCGCCCGGGACGACGUGGUGGGCCACCUGCUGCCGGACUCGCCACUCACGGGGCGGGCCGCGUACUGCCGGAUGGAGUCGGCCGUGGCGGCCGAGCGGUCGCUACGGGAAAAGUUGGUGCGCGGCCGGCACCAGUUGGACGAGUGCCGGCAUCGGGUGGCCAUUAAGACGGCGCGCCUGGCCCAAUUGAAGGCCAGUGUCGACGCGGCCAGGGACUCGGUGCCGACCAAGCCACCACGGCGGCCACCGGUGUUGGAGUCCCCGCUAAUACUGGACAAGAAAGUGGACGCGCUCAAGCUGGGCAACCUGAAGGCGGCAAAGGCCCGCGACAUCAUCGCCAAAAACACGACCAUGAGGGACGUGCUCAACGAACAGUUGGCGUCUGACGUCCGCCAGCAGGCCACAGCCGUGGUCGAGCUGCUUGCAUACGGUACGGCCGCAAAGCAGGAGGCGGUCACGUACAACCAAGAAUAUUGCAGGGUGGCGGGUGAGCACGAGAAUUCCGUUCGACGGAAUAACGCGAUGAGACGCUUGCUCGAUACGAGAAUAUCGGUACUGGAAUCGAACAGGAGAAAGAUACUGAUCAAUCAGAUACAAAAUGAUUCUGACGAGGACAUAGAAUUUGAUACUGAGCAUACUAUGCCAUCGAUUGUAUCUGAUAUGGAAACUUCAAACGAACAAGGUGAACAAAAUAUGAUGUUUUUGAAGGAUUGGAUCGACACCGGACAGAUGGAGAAACAAAUUUUUUCUGUGAAAGAAAAUGAGGAGCUGUCUAAUUCUUCCGAUGUGAUAAAUCCAACCGCCAGCUUUACUUCGAGCACCACGGAUAGCUAUAUAUUUCCCGAAGAAAAGGUCAACCUAUAUAAGUUCAGAAAAGGUGAAACGAGCAAAGCAAUGGAAGCUGUGGAAUACGUAUGUGAGACGUUAAACUUCUCAGACAUAACAGAAGUACUGCAUUAUUUUACGUCAGUAAAAAAUGUGGAGAUGCGUAUAAAAAAAAUGAUAAGCACGCGAAAACAUAUACUGGGGGUCGUUCAAAAGGACUUAGAAUCUGCGAUCGAAGUGAAAAUGGAUAGUUUGAAUCGUUUACCAGAAGCGAUUUUGAAGUUAGAUGCCAACAUUGAGUACGUCCAGCGUGAGGGUUUAGACGUCCAGAAAAAACAAUUUGAUGAUGUCAAUAGACAUAUCACAGGAUACGGUGUACUGUUCAAUGAACUUUGGUUCCAGUUGGAUAAUUUAGUGGGAAAACUCGAACGAUGUCACGUGCCAGUGGUGAGGAAAUACCAACUCCACAUGAAAAAUCCGGCCAAUAAAGACACAGAGUCGAUGAUGGACGCCCGUCAGAUGCUAGAGGGACUGCGCCUGAAACCUUGUACCGUCCUUGACGAAGACUGUACCACGGUCCACGAACCUUCGGUGGUCAAGUCGAUCGACUCUGCACCCGGAUGCCGGACGGUGGACGUUUCCGGCAAAAAUCCGGCCGUAGACGCUUGCCGGAAGUUGUCGGAGACACUGUACGCCAAGGUGAAGUCGUGCAUGGUGCACAUUGGCGGUGUCUUCGACGCAAACGACAGAAAUCAGCUGAUGGCCAGGGCGUGCUUCGCGUACGACCGGCAGACCCAGUUGCAAUGGGACACCGUCGCCACGAAGGACCGGAAGCGCCAGGCGCGUGCUAGUUUACAGCUCCCAGUGGGGAAGGCCAAAGCCUCGGUCACUGACGCUAGGGCCACAGGCAUAAUGACUCGGGUGCAGGCCAAACAGCAGGCCGAAGACAUCGUCCAGUGGUGCAUCACGCCCAAGGACACGGACGACGCGAGGAGAACGAGAAAGCCCAUAUCAUUCCGGCAGUCCAGGAUCGUCGUGCCUGAACGAAAAAAAUAA